UCCAUUGCACCUCAACCCCACACCUCACACUCACGUCGCUACCAUGAGGGCCGCCGCGAGGCUUCUUGCCAAUGUCAAGCAGAGUAAAUUUCUCGAGCCUGGCACCCCUACGGGAUUGACCGGCCUAAUCACACAUCCUACGCCUCGCUCCACACUCCUCUACCACUACAGCUCUACAUUGGACAAGCUCAAGCAAAUUCCCGAAUCGUCUGUCUAUCGUCAAUCUACCGAAGCCCUUACCAAGCACCGCCUCAAAAUCGUAGAAUCAGCGAAGCCUGCGGGAUGGGAUGCAUGGAAGCAGACAGUGGACAUGCAGGUCGCAGAUCACCCAGAGGCUUUUGACAUCACCACCACGACACUGGGCACCAGCAUUGCUCUGCCAAAGAAGCGCAAGGUUGACGAGAGGAGGGCCGCCGCUGAGUGGGAUGGCGAGAUUGGAAAGAGUUUCCCAGAGGGAAGCCGAACAGAAAAGGAACGAAGGAAGCACCACGCAACUCUGGGAGGACCCGAGGGCUACUCGCCAGAUGCUGCGUUCAAAGAGGUCAAGCUUGAGGCUGAGCCGCAACUCACGGCCGAGCAAAUUUCCGAUAUCGAGAGCCAGAUUGGUGCUGGUCUGAUCGAGGAGGUCAUCCAGGUCGCUGAGGGAGAGCACAAAUUAGUAGACGAGAUGGUGAACUCCAAGAUCUGGGAGGAGCUCACGGAAAAGGCACCUGAGGGCCAAUGGUCCUACUUCGAGCGUGGUGCUCAUAAGCCAUGAUCUGGAUCUGGACGGUUUGGGGUAGUUGUGUAGAUAUAUGAGAAAAGAAGAAAGUACCAAUCAGAUCUGUUUAAUUAGUCAGACUCAAUCCGCGAGGCUUGUUUGAAUCAUGUCCAUAGCAGUGAGAAAAUUCCAGUAUGAACACAUAAAAUUGCGCCUUAAGUGUUCGAUGAAAUUUACUGGACUCUUACUCUUCACUGUGCGCUUGCUGUAAGGUCUUGCGUUGGCUACAGCGGUCAAUUCACACAUUCUAG